AUGAGCCGAAAAAGUGCUAAUUCCUGCAUUUUUUCAUCUUCAGGACAUGGAGACCACGGAGGUCAUGACCAUGGCGGCCAUGACCAUGGUGGUCACGACCAUGGUGAUCACGACCAUGGUGAUCACGACCAUGGCGAUCACGACCAUGGUGAUCACGACCAUGGUGAUCACGACCACGGUCAUGGAUGGGGUCAUGACCAUGACCACGACCACUGGGGUGGUGGUCGUCCUCGGGGCUGGUUUGGACGCGGGGGAGACGGAGGAGGCGGAGGUGGUGGUGGUGGAGGCAUGUUUAUGUCCAGCCAAUCCUCUAGUGGUCAUGGACCCUGCAUCCCUCUACCGGUUAUGCAACUAAUAGCUAUACCUCCAACCCACACGGGACUUACAGCUAUGCUCCUAGCAGCUACAGCUAUCCUGCAUCCAGUUAUUCGGCUCCCACUUAUUUGUCAUACUCCCCUACAAGCUACAGCUAUACACAGCCAAAUUAUGCGGCUAUUAACUAUGCAGAUUGAUCUUUUGGGUACCGUACCAGAAUUUUGA